UCUCCAGCACUCCAUCCAUGUUGGAUCGAUUGUCAACUGCUUGACCACGCAGGCGGCAGCAGCAGCAGCAAAGGUGUGCAUGAAGCUGCAAUUAAGUUGAGUUAGCUAGCUCUGUCCUCCUUUGCGUUCUUACUACGGCUAGCACCAGGCGCAUGGGGGUCUAGAUCCUUGUGUCCGAGAAGUACAAGGCUCUUCGCAGGGCCACUCCCGUCGGUGGGCUCCACUCGCGAAAUCCCAAAAGCUGCGGCAGUGCCCGGUGUGACGGCCUGCAUUCGCUGGGCAGUGGUGGAGCUCUCCCGGACGGAACAUAAAUCUUGAUCGUGAUCGUUGUCCCUGUCAGACUGCAACUGCAGCCGACGAGAGAGAGAGAAAGAAAGAAAGAGAAUACUCACUGCUCUGCUCUGAUCUGAUCCAGAUCAUGCACUCACAAUCGCCAUGAUCCCACUCACUCACUAGGUAUCGUGCCUGAGAGUAGUCCAAAGUGAAGGAUUCUAAACUCCAUAUGACAAACCUCGAACACCCAAUUGAACAGGUGCUUCAGUGAUAUGAACAUAAACCUUCAUUUGCAUGACACUGUAAUCUCGACAAGUUGGAGGAUUCGUGCACAGUGCUUGCUAUACAUCUGAGCACGAGGGAGCGAGGGAGCGAGCGAAGUAGGGAAGAAGGGUUGCUAGAGAUCUGGUUACAGCCGGUCCGGAUGCUAAUAUUUCUUAGCAGGGAGGGAUGCCACGACGAGGAGCAUCGACUGACUGACUGACUGCGAGUUUGUGAGCUAGGACGGCCCGGAUCCGAACUCGCGACUCAAGUGCUGCAGGAUGCUAGUGGCAAUAUGAAUAUUUUACUGCUCGCUUGGUGCACAUCGUCUUCAGCUUAAGCUUCGCAGGUGCCAGUCUCAGUGUGUGGAGUUACGGACUUCCUCCCCUGGCGGCACUGGACCCCAAGUCUCAGCGUCGCUCUUGAGCACUUCCAAGUCGAAGCCAGAAUGACAAUGGCCAAGACUGAGGAGCUCGAGAGAGAUGUAGAGGUGCCAGAGCAUCUAAGGCUUUUAACACACGAUGGUACCGUGGACUACAAAGGUCAACCUGCCAACAAGGACCGGACUGGAGGAUGGAAAGUUACUCCUUUUAUUUGUGGUGUGGAAGUCACGGAGAAGAUUGCCACCUCCGCUGCUCAGUUCAACCUUGUCAGCUACCUCAUUGUGGAGAAAAAGUUACCACUACCAUACGCUGCAAACAUGGUGACAAAUUUUAUGGGCACCUCCUUCCUGCUCUCUCUCCUGGGAGGCUUCUUGGCCGACACUUUCUUCGGACGCUACUACACUCUGAUCGGAUCAGCUUGCACACAGAUGAUCGGGUUUGUCAUGAUGCUGCUGACGACGGUGAUACCAGCACUGAAUAACCAAGACGCCGAGUGCCCGGACCCGUUGAAUUGCAGGGCCGUGCACGGAGGGGCACUGUCAGCGAUCUAUGUGGGAUUAUACCUCAUAGCUGUGGGCAUCGGAGGAAUCAAAGCCACGGUGUCAUCCUUCGGAGCUGAUCAAUUCGACGAUGGCGACCCAGUGGAGGCCAGUCUGUUGCCGAGCUACUUCAACUGGUUCUACUGGGCGACGAUGCUGGGAUCGUUGGUGGCAUCGACCGUGAUCAUCUACAUGCAGGACCAUGUGGGCUGGGACUGGGGUUACGGAAUCCCGCUUUGCAUUAUGGCCCUGGCCCUCGUGCAGCUCGUCUCGAAACGGCGCGGCUACCGAUACCGAAUCCCUCAAGGCAGUCCUCUCUUGGUGGUGGCUCGAGUUCUCGUUGCUGCCGUCCGGAACUUUAAUCAACCCCCGCUCACGGAGCAAGAAAUCGCAAAGUACUACGACGAGAUGCGCAUCCGCGGCGUGCAACGAGUUCCCUUCCACACAAACAACAUGCGGGUGCUGGACAAGGCGGCCAAGCUGGCGAGCUCGGAGAAGGCGGGGCCAUGGCAGCGGUGCCAGAUCAACGAGGUGGAGGACACGAAGAUGCUGCUGCGGCUGCUGCCGAUUUGGCUGUUCACCAUCUUCUACUGGACGGUGCUGGCGCAGGCCACGACGUUCGCCGUGGCGCAGAUCGGCACGAGCAACCGGCACCUGGGGCCCAACUUCCAAGUGCCACCGGGCAGCGUGGCGCCGGUGACCUUCAAUUUCACGGUGAUCUGCUUCCUGCCGCUGUACGACCGGUUCAUGGUGCCGCUGCUGCGCCGGGUGACCGGGCACACCAAGGGCAUCAGCACGCUGCAGCGCAUCGGCGUGGGCAUGGCCGUGCCCGUGCUCUCGCUCGUGGUGGCGGCGCUGGUCGAGGCCAAGCGCCUCGGCGUGGUGCACGACUCGAACGCCGAGGAUCGCCCCAAGGCCAUCAUCGAUUUCUCCAUGUGGUGGUUCGUGCCGCAGUACGUGAUUCUGGCCAUCGGCGAGGCCUUCGUGUACCCGGGCCAGCUCGAUUUCUUCUACAGCGAGGCGCCCGACAGCAUGCAGUCGCUCGGCACGGCGCUCAUGUUCUGCACCAUCUCCUUCGGCUACUUCUCCAGCAGCGCCAUCGUCUCGGCCGUGAACGCCGCCACUCGCCACGCCGCGCACGGCGGCUGGCUCACCAAGAACAUCAACACCAGCCGCCUCGAUCUCUACUACUGGCUCCUCUGCGUCAUGGCCGUCAUCAAUUUCGCGCUCUACCUCGUCGUGGCCAAGCUGCACACCUACAAGCGCGUCAGCAAGUCCGUCGUCCUCCCCGAGCCUCCUCCCGCCCCCGACGCCGCCUCGCGCCGCCUCGAGCCCUCCAAGCUCCUCCUCCUGCCUGCGCCCCCGGCCUCGCCCGCCCGCAUCUAGCCCCGCCUCGCCCCCAUAGCUCGACCAGUGCUCGUUCUGUCAGUCGUUUCUUGUUCAUAGAUUCCACCCCUCGGCGACUCGGACGCCACUGAGCCUUUGACACCGAUCGAGAAUUUGCGCCGGGAACUCGACGAGGGCCGGGCCAGAGCCCGUCGGCAGCAGAUGAUGGACGAGAGCAGAGAGAGAAUCGGUCUCCGUCGCGGCCAGACCAUGUAUAUUAUUUCUUGACCCGCAGCACCAUUAUCAUUAUCAUCCUCAUCCUCAUCAUCGUGUAUAGUUAAUAAAAUCGUGAAACAAAGACAAAUUCUGUUG